GCCAUCUCCUAGUUAGUUCCGAAGAUACCUGGAGGAGACUGGAGCGGGGCCCUGAAAAAAAUAAAAAAGAAACGCUAUAUUUUUUACUUUAUCUAUUAUACUGGAGACACCCGCUUUUGCUUUUUCUGUUUCCAGAAAGAGAUAAAUUUUUACCUAUUUGGAAGAGUUUACAGUCCACUGAGGACAUCUUGUGGCAAAAAGUGCCAUUACAACUGUAUUUUCUUUUGCUAUUUGAAAAUGAAUUUGACCUUCAAAUGACAACAAAAGGGAAAAGAUAAAAGAUUUGCAACAGCUGUGGUGAAUUUGCUUAUUAGAAUUUUGGAGGUGGAUAUUUGUUGACCUUUUUGAAAUAUAACCUCCACUAAAAGAUCAAAGACUAUUCUUAAUCAAAGACUAUUUCACCAUUGAAAUGGAGGAAGCUUAUCUACAGCUCGACUAUGAACUUAUAUUGGAAAAGAUUUUGGAAACUACAAACUAUAUGAAAGCUUAUAUCAAAUCUUGGAGAAAAAUCAAAGAUGAUACUAGAGAACCACAAAUUGACUUUCAACCAUCGGUUCAAACUAUAGCCCAAAGAAUAAUGGAGGAAGAACACAGUAACCCUAGAGAGGUUCCUACUCAACAAGAUAUACAAUUGAACGAGACAGAGGAACUGCACUUACAAUUUAAUUAUGAACUUACAGUAGAAACUACUAAGCAAAUUAAUUCUACACAAUCUUACUUACGACCUAUGGAGAACAUUGAUGAUCAAAGAAUAACAUUAACUCAGCUAUUUGAUCUCCCAAAAAUAACAGAGCUUGACAUUCAGGUACAAGUUAUUGAAAAUUGUGAUAAUGUGGACAAUCAACUAGCAACUACAAUAAGGAAUAAAACUGACUAUACUAUUCAGACGAUAUUGGAAGAAAGAGAAGAGAAUUUUGACUAUUUUGAUAUAUUGAGAAAUAGCUUUACCCAAAUGUUGAGGUUUGAUGAUGCAGAGGCUUUAUUAUGGAAACCGGUUUGGCAUAGAAAAAAAGCUAGAGUUAGGUUUAAAAAUGUGGCUUAAAAUUCCACUGAAUGGGUUAAAAAGGUUGUUGACACUUGGAUUGUUUUAAUAACAAAUGAAAUAGGUGAUUUUGUAAAAGGUUAUUUUUUGUAACAAUAUUUGGUAUUAGAGAUGGUAAGUAGUUGGAGGGGUAAAUUUUACUUAAUUGAUUGAUAGAAUAUAUAUUUAAAAUAGACAUAAAUGUAGUUUUUUGGACAUAUCUUUAUUUUAACCAAGAUAACUAUUUGUAAUAGAGGGAGAAGACGAGGUAAAUUUGUGAUAAGAGAAGUAAUAGUAUUAAUAAAUGAUGCAUUAGUUUAAGCAAUAGGCUAUAUCUAAAAAAAUGUAAGGAUGUUGCUUUUAGGGAUAAUAUAUUUAUAUUUAUCUUAGUUAGAAUCAUCAUGAUAGGGAAAAGAGAAAUGAGAGAUGCCCAAAGUGUUAAUAUGUCUAUAUAAGUUUAAUUGGAAUAUGGUAAUUUUCAAAAUAGUAAAGCUUAAAAACAGGACUUGGAUUCUUAUAAUUGAAAUGUGAUUGAUGACCGAUUGGAUUGAUUGAGCUUUUUUUAUAAAUGUAAU